CGGGGAGUCGGCGCGAGGAGGGGAGGGUCCGUCCAAUGAUCUCCGCGCGGCCGGAGCGCUCGCGUGACGUCCUGGGAUCCGCGCAAGCUUUCGCCGCGAGGCGCACGGAAUUUUGGGUCUUAAGCGGGGCUUUCUCCCUGGGACUUGGCUGCCGGGUAGGCUCCGGCGGCAGCGUAGUCGGCGACUCCGGGGCCGGGCGGCGGGCCGCGCCAGCAUGGACCGGGCGGCGGAGCUGCUCUUCUACGUGAACGGCCGCAAGGUGAUAGAAAAAAAUGUUGAUCCUGAAACAAUGCUGUUACCAUAUCUGAGGAAGAAGCUUCGACUCACAGGCACUAAGUAUGGCUGUGGAACGGGAGGCUGUGGUGCUUGCACAGUGAUGAUAUCACGAUAUAACCCCACUAUCAAGAGGAUAAGCCAUCAUGCAGCCAACGCCUGCCUGAUCCCCAUCUGCUCUCUGUACGGGGCUGCUGUCACCACAAUAGAAGGCAUAGGAAGCACCAAGGCCAGGAUUCAUCCCGUUCAGGAGAGGAUCGCCAAGUGUCAUGGCACACAGUGUGGGUUCUGCACCCCUGGGAUGGUGAUGUCCAUCUACACAUUGCUGAGGAACCAUCCAGAACCUUCUCUGGAGCAGCUAAUUGAUGCUCUUGGUGGUAACCUAUGUCGUUGCACUGGAUAUAGGCCCAUAAUUGAUGCAUGCAAGACUUUCUGUAAAACUUCUGGCUGCUGUCAAAGUAGAGAAAAUGGGGUUUGCUAUUUGGAUCAAGGAAUAAAUGAAUUACCAGAAUUUGAAGAAGUAAAUAAGAUAAGUCUAAAACUCUUCUCAGAAGAGGAGUUUCUGCCAUUGGAUCCAACUCAAGAAUUGAUAUUUCCUCCAGAGCUAAUGAUAAUGGCUGAGAAACAACCACAAAGGACUAGGAUUUUUGGUGGUGAUAGAAUGACAUGGAUUUCACCAACGACCCUGACGGCACUUCUGGAAGCUAAAUUCAAGUAUCCUCAGGCCCCUGUUGUCAUGGGGAACACCUCUGUAGGGCCUGAAAUGAAAUUAAAGGGUGUCUUUCACCCAGUUAUAAUUUCUCCUGAUGGAAUUGAAGAACUGAAUUUUGCAAACUGUUCACAUAAUGAGCUGACCUUAGGUGCUGGCCUCAGCCUGACUCAGGUGCAGUACAUCUUGGGUGAAGUAAUCCAGAACCUCCCAGAGGAGAAGACACGGAUGUACUGUGCUCUCUUGAAGCAUUUGACAACUCUGGCUGGAUCUCAGAUCAGGAACAUGGCUUCUUUAGGGGGCCAUAUCGUGAGCAGGCACCUAGAUUCAGAUCUGAAUCCCCUGCUGGCUGUGGGCAACUGUACCCUCAACUUGCUAUCAAAAAAAGGAAAACGACAGGUUCCUUUAAAUGAGGAGUUUCUCAGAAGGUGCCCCAGCGCAGAUCUGAAGCCUGAGGAGAUCUUGAUCUCAGUGAAAAUACUCCACUCGAGGAAGUGGGAAUUUGUGUCAGGCUUUCGACAAGCCCAGCGGCAACAGAAUGCACUCGCCGUAGUCAAUUCGGGAAUGAGAGUCUUUUUUGGAGAAGGGGGUGACAUCAUCAGAGAGUUAUCCAUCUCAUACGGAGGCGUUGGCCCAACCACUGUCUGUGCAAAGAAUUCCUGCCGGAAGCUCAUCGGAAGGCCCUGGAAUGAGGAGAUGCUGGACGCAGCUUGCAGGCUGGUUCUGGAUGAAGUUACCCUUCCAGGCUCAGCUCCGGGUGGGAGGGUGGAGUUCAAGAGGACUCUCAUCGUCAGCUUCCUCUUCAAGUUCUACCUGGAAGUGUCGCAGAUUCUGAAGAGGAUGGGCCCUGUUCGCUCUCCUGGCCUUGCAGACAAGUGUAAGAGUGCUUUCGAAGAUCUUCAUUCCCGGCAUCACUGCAGUACGUUAAAGUACGAGCAGAAUGUAGACUCAAAGAAGCAUCCUCAAGACCCAAUUGGCCAACCCAUCAUGCAUCUGUCUGGUAUUAAGCAUGCCACGGGUGAAGCCAUCUACUGUGACGACAUGCCUACAGUGGACCGGGAACUUUUCUUGUCCUUUGUGACAAGUUCAAGAGCUCAUGCUAAGAUUGUGUCUAUUGAUUUGUCAGAAGCUCUCAGCCUGCCUGGUGUGGUGGACAUUGUGACUGAGGAACAUCUUCGUGGUGUGAACUCCUUCUGCAUUUUAACCGAACCGGAGAAACUUCUGAGGACAGAGGAGGUGUCCUGUGUGGGCCAGCUUGUCUGUGCUGUGAUCGCAGAGUCCGAGGUUCAGGCAAAGCAAGCGGCCAAGCGAGUGAAGGUUGUCUACCAAGAUUUGCAGCCACUGAUCCUGACAAUUGAGGAAGCCAUACAGCACAACUCCUUCUUCGAAACAGAGAGGAAACUGGAAUAUGGAAAUGUGGAUGAAGCAUUUAAAGUGGUUGAUCACAUUCUAGAAGGUGAAAUACAUAUAGGAGGUCAAGAACAUUUUUAUAUGGAAACCCAAAGCAUGCUUGUUGUUCCCAAAGGAGAGGAUCAAGAAAUCGAUGUCUAUGUUUCUACACAAUUUCCCAAAUACAUACAGGACAUAGUUGCUUCGACCUUGAAGCUCCCAGCUAACAAGGUCAUGUGUCACGUAAAGCGUGUUGGUGGGGCUUUUGGAGGGAAGACCUAUAAAACCGGCAUCAUGGCAGCCAUCACCGCAUUUGCCGCCAACAAACAUGGUCGUGCAGUCCGCUGCGUUCUGGAGAGAGGAGAAGACAUGUUAAUCACUGGAGGCCGCCAUCCUUACCUUGGGAAGUACAAAGCUGGGUUCAUGAACGAUGGCAGAAUCUUGGCCCUGGAUAUGCAGCAUUAUAGCAAUGGAGGCGCCUCCCUGGAUGAGUCAUUACUUGUGAUAGAAAUGGGACUUCUGAAGAUGGAAAAUGCUUACAAGUUUCCCAACCUGCGCUGCCGGGCGUGGGCGUGCAGAACCAACCUUCCAUCCAACACAGCUCUGCGUGGCUUUGGCUUUCCUCAGGCAGGGCUCAUCACUGAGUCCUGUAUCACCGAAGUGGCAGCCAGGUGUGGUUUGGCCCCUGAGAAGGUCCGAAUGAUAAACAUGUACAAGGAAAUUGAUCAAACACCCUACAAACAAGAGAUUAAUGCCAAGAACCUGAUUCAGUGUUGGAAAGAAUGUAUGGACAUGUCUUCCUACUCCCUGAGGAAAGCGGCUGUAGAAAAAUUCAAUUCGGAGAAUUAUUGGAAGAAAAAGGGGCUGGCUGUGGUCCCCCUGAAGUUUCCUGUUGGUUUAGGCUCAGUCGCUGCUGGUCAGGCUGCUGCCUUGGUUCACAUUUACCUGGAUGGGUCUGUGCUGGUGACGCAUGGUGGGAUUGAAAUGGGUCAGGGCGUCCACACGAAAAUGAUUCAGGUGGUUAGUCGUGAAUUAAGGCUGCCGAUGUCUAGCAUCCACCUGCGUGGGACAAGCACAGAAACCGUCCCUAACACAAACAUCUCUGGAGGGUCCACGGUGGCGGAUCUCAACGGGUUGGCAGUAAAGGAUGCUUGUCAGACUCUUCUAAAACGCCUUGAACCCAUCAUCAGCAAGAAUCCUCAAGGCACUUGGAAGGAUUGGGCACAAGCUGCUUUUGAUGAAAGCAUUAGUCUUUCAGCUACUGGAUACUUCAGGGGCUACGAGUCCAACAUGAGCUGGGAGACAGGCGAAGGCCAUCCUUUUGAAUAUUUUGUGUAUGGAGCUGCCUGUUCCGAGGUUGAAAUAGACUGCCUGACGGGCGCUCAUAAGAACAUCAGAACAGACAUGGUCAUGGAUGUUGGCUGCAGCAUAAAUCCAGCCCUUGACAUAGGCCAGAUCGAAGGUGCAUUUACUCAAGGCGUGGGGCUUUAUACAGUAGAGGAGCUGCAUUAUUCUCCUCAGGGUGUCCUGUACACUCGUGGUCCGAACCAAUAUAAAAUCCCUGCCAUCUGUGACAUGCCCACCGAGCUGCAUAUUUCUUUAUUGCCUCCGUCUCAAAGCUCAAAUACCCUGUAUUCAUCGAAGGGUCUAGGAGAGUCUGGGAUAUUCCUGGGAUGUUCAGUGUUUUUUGCCAUUCAUGAUGCGGUGAAUGCAGCACGACAGGAGAGAGGCCUGUUUGGACCAUUGAAGCUCAAUAGUCCCCUGACUCCAGAGAAGAUUAGAAUGGCCUGUGAAGAUAAGUUCACAAAAAUGAUCCCAAAAGACAAACCUGGAUCCUAUGUUCCUUGGAAUGUACCCAUAUGAAUCAAAUACAAACUUCUGGGGAAAUGGGAUGACUCUUCCAACAUGGCAGUCUAUCCAGUCUUUAUGCUUUAAGAUGCUAGGUCUGAAAGAUAAAUGUUCAUAGUUUAGAAGUCAUUUCACAGAGUAUUGCCUUUAUAUGAUGCUGAUUUUAAAUGUUCCAUUUGGAUUUUGAUAGAUAUGCUUAAGCAAUUUAGAAAUCAUAUUUUAAAUAGCACAAAUACUAACUGUUUUCCUCUAGAAUGAUAUUCUCCAUUACUCUGUUUCUUAAAUCCAUCCAGCUGAAUGGAAUAGAAGAUGAUGAUUUGUAUGUGAUUCAUAUUUGGCUUGUAUCCACCAACAGAAAUUACACUGUCUAGUGAAAGGCAAUUUUCUAAAUAAUUUUAUUAGUAGUGUGAACUGUAAAGUUGUCAUUUUCUCAUAUGUCCCCAUCUGCUAUCAGCCUCCUUUUAUUGUCAGAAUGGAACCAGGCACUGUAUCCAAGCAUCUGUGGAACUAAAAAAAAAAAAAAAUUAAAAAAAAAAGGAUAAAUUAGACUUCAUCAAAACUAAAAA